AUGGAAAACCUGACAUUUAAUAGCCCCUUUAUACAACUGGAGGGACUGGUUGUCUCUGAGCAAUACAUUUAUCCUACAUUUCUUUUCUUCUUGAUUUUCUAUGUACUCAUUGCAGUAUCUAACAUUGGAAUCAUUCUGCUCAUAACAAUGGAAAGAAGCCUACAUGAACCUAUGUACAUUCUCUUCUGUAACCUUCCCUUUAACGAUGUGUUCGGAAACUCUGUUGUCAUCCCUCGGAUAAUGGUGGACAUUUUAAGGCCAAGUUCUGAACGCUACAUCAGUUAUGGUGAAUGCGUUGCUCAAGCUUUCUGUUACUAUAUGCACGCUACUGCUUCUCACACAAUUCUCAUGGUAGGUCUCACAAUAAGGCUGAAUCGCUGUGGAACACGAAUAGCAAAUCCGUUUUGUGAUAAUGCAUCGCUGUUCAAACUGUCAUGUGAGAAUGACUCCAUUAAUAACGUAUAUGGCCUGGCAUGCACAACAGUUAUACUUGUCUCAUCUAUGGGAAGUAUUGUACUUACUUAUUCCAAAAUAGCAGCUGUCUGUAUUAACAGUAAAAACAAAACUCUGAACAGCAAGGCUCUGAAAACCUGCAGCACACACCUGACUGUCUAUUUGAUCAUGUGGCUGUCUGGUUGUAUUAUGAUCAUACUCCAUCGUUUCUCUGGUUAUGCAGAUUACAGGAAAGGGGCAGCGCUGCUCUUCCACAUCGGCCCAGGCAUUCUGAAUCCUGUCAUAUAUGCAUUGCAGUGUACUGAGAUCAGACACAUUAUGUUAAAGAUUCUACACUCAAAGAAGGUGCAGUUAUGA